CGCGAAAACAAGCCAAAAUAUUUAAUUCGAUACAGUUUUUGUUUUUUCUUGUGUAAAUUUUUGUGCAAAACAACUUUUCGUGUUUGACCGACUGUGUAUUGGCUACUCGCAAAUGGAAAAGAAAAACUCCCGCCGGGAUUGCUUCAUACCGGGCUGCCAUUCCCAGGUCGGACAAGUGGUGUUCCUGAGCGCCUACAAAUCCGAUGGGCUGCAGCGCUGGUGGAGCGAGUCGCUUUGGGCGCAGCGACGGAAAAAUAAAACCAUUCCCAAGAAUACGCGGGUCUGCGAAAAACACUUUGAGGAGAAGUAUAUCGAUCGGAGCUAUAAGAUGCCGCGGUUGUUUCCGGACGCCUGGCCCACCAUGCACCUGAUUGAACCGACGCCGGAGGAGCUGGCGAACCAGAAGAUCGAUGGAAGAGGGCGGCCGCGGGAAGCCAAGCCGGAGUUUAAUCCCAAGGUGUACUGUCGGCUUUGUGGACGGAAAGAAAAGCGUCCCCUGGAUGAUCAAUUGGACCACCUGAAGGAUGGAGAAGAUGUUAUGAAGUUCUGCUUGGGACAAUAUUUUUCGAGAGAGGAUCUUCCGAAAGGUGUUUGCGUAAAUUGUAUGGAAACGGUUGAAUCGUUUGUUGAUUUUGUGAAAACAUGCGAGGAAACGCAACGUAAAUUGGAUGAGAUGUUCGUUCAAAAUGAAGAUAUGAAGUUGGAGCCAGACUGCCAACUGUUGGAAAACAUCAAUUUGAAACAGGAGAAGGAAGAUGAGCUCUCGGAUCACUAUGAAACAGAUUUUCUAGACGAAAGAUUGGAGAGUGAUCAAAAGAUAUCCGAUAUUAAGUCUGAAGAGUUUAUUGUUGAGAUUGAGGAAAAUGAUCAAGAUGAUUUCAUCCUGAUGGAUGAUGACCGAGCUAGUUCCGACUCGUCACAUUCGGAUGAAGAAGAUUGUAGACAGGACGACGAGGGAACUGCUGAUUUGAAACGCGAUAUUCGUUCUAGCAUAAGCUCUGAUAGUGAUUCGGAGAUGGAUUCUGAUGAUGAACCACUUAUUAAAAGAAAACCUCCGAAGAAAAAACCUGGUCCUAAGCCGAAAAGGACAAUCAAAAUCAGAGAAGAUUUGGGAAUACUGGAUGUAGUGGAUGAGUUCCCGGCAGCGGAAAAGAAGCAAAAAAUGAAAGCAUCUUCCCAGAAAAAAACACGAAAAUCUUCGUCAGGCCCUGGCGAGACUAGUCGUAUCUGUCCGAUUUGUGGGAAGAUUUUGGUCCAUAAGGGAAAUUUUACCUCCCAUCUGAAAAUUCAUAGCGAUAAGAAAGACUAUGUUUGCAACAUUUGUGGAAAGCAAUACUACAUCCGGAGGGAACUACAAAUGCACAUUGAAUCGUUGCAUGAAAAGAAAACGUUUGUGUGCAAUAUUUGCGGAAUCAAGUGUGCUUGGCGGAAGGGACUCCAGAGGCACAUGAAGAACAAGCAUUCCGACGAGAGUUCGCUGAAGCACAAGUGUACAUACUGUGGUAAAGCAUUCCUGCUGCCGAACCAGCUCAGAUUGCACGUGAUGAAGCACACUGGUGAUAGGAUUACCUGUGAGAUUUGCGGAGCUGGUUAUAGGUUCAACUACAUGCUCACCCAGCACAAAAUACGCGAGCAUGGCAUGGAGUUUAAGGGAGUCAAGCUGUACAAAACAAGCAGCCGAUCACGCAAGACCACCGUAACCAAACAAGAAGAGGAUGAUGCAGGUGUGGCUGUAGCUUCCAUAACUACACCGGCAACGGCAAGCACCCCAGUGCAACAGCCUCAUCCCAGUUCAGCUCCUCCGAUCGGUGGACUCUCACAUGUGCUGGAACCUAGCCAUGACUCAAUCCUCUCUUCCGAAUCGUCCCAGUCGCUUCAAAUUCAGCAUCAACAGCAGCAGCAGCUACCACAACAACACCAGCAGCAUCCAUUGCAAUAUCAACAUCCCACUGCUUCUCAGCUGGAACGUGUCCAUUAUCCGCCGGGAUUCGUUUACGCCGGAGGGGCUACACCUGCCAUGAUGCUACCUCCGGGCGGGUACAACGGUUAGUAAUGGCUAAACCGAGAGGAUCUAGGUACAAGGUGAGUAAAAGACUUUUCGGAUUUAUUUGCUAAUAUAAACAUUCUUGCGCUAAUGUA